GAUCUGGUUGGGUAUUGGAAUUCAAAGUUUUCGUAUAUAGAAGAAAAUCAGUUUCUCUUCUUCACCCUCGUUAACCUGUCAUUUCCUUUUUCUGAGUUUUUCCUUUUAUACAUAUGUAUAUUUUUGUUUAGUCCUUAAACUUAUUUAUAUUAACAAAGUUUCACACUUGUAGACCAAAAACAUUGAAAAAAACAUAGAAAGAAAAACUAAAAACCUAAUACCACCCUACCUUUCACUCCAAUGGCGGCUCCGGCGGCGGCAAUGCACGCCAAGUCGGACUCUGAAGUGACGAGUUUCGACCAGUCUACUCCGCCGAGGUCCCCACGGCGGCCGCUCUACUACGUCCAGAGCCCCUCUAACCACGACGUGGAGAAAAUGUCGUACGGGUCAAGCCCAAUAGGGUCACCUCACCACCACAACUACUACCACUGCUCCCCAAUCCACCACUCCCGCGAGUCCUCCACCUCCAGAUUCUCCGCCUCACUCAAAAACCCUAGGACUGUCUCCGCCUGGAAGAAGAUUCAGCCCGGACAGGAGUCCGACGAAGACGACGACGACCAAAACAGCUUCGUUUCGCGAGACAAGGGCCGAAAUGUCAGACUCUACUUCUGUUUCGCCUUGCUCUUUGUGGUUCUUUUUACUCUGUUUUCAGUGAUCCUUUGGGGUGCUAGCAAAUCUUACAAGCCCGAAGUUAUCGUUGAGCAUAUUGUUAUUAGGCGAUUCGAUAUUCAGGCAGGAAAUGAUCGAACAGGGGUACCCACAGAUAUGUUGUCAUUGAAUUCGACGGUCAGGAUCUUAUACAGAAAUCCAGCCACAUUCUUCGGCGUCCACGUCACCUCUACUCCUCUCGAGCUUCACUACUACCAGCUCAAAGUGGCCUCUGGAGAGAUGAAGAAGUUUCAUCAAAGGAGGCAAAGUCAUCGGAAAGUAGUGACUGUUGUGCUGGGACACCAAAUUCCUCUUUACGGUGGAAUCUCAGUCGUCGGAGGUGCUAAAGAUAAUAUCGAAAACGUUGUCAUUCCCCUGAAACUGACAUUCAAGAUGCGGUCGCGGGCCUACAUUUUGGGCAAGCUGGUAAAGUCUAAGUUUUAUACAAAAGUCCAAUGCUCUGUUAUGCUUAAGGGCAGCAAACUUGGCAAACCCUUAAAAAUGACCAAUUCAUGUACCUAUAAAUGAAUUAUUUGUUCUCGUACCAUUUUGGCUUUUGUAAAAACAAUUUUGGUUGUCCAACCAUUUUUGUUGAAAUUUCAUCUGUAAAAGUUAUAACCUGGCUUUGUCCUCAUGGAUGGCAAGGCUUGAAAAAAAAAUGUAAUUAUAGGUGCCAGUGAUCUAGUUGACUUUCUAGGUUUUGUUUUGCUUGGAAAAUCCGAAGAUUUUUAAUUUAAAAUGCCUGAAACAUCUGUUGUGACUGGUAAAAUUGUCUUCUGACUUUUUACUCUGGUUUUA